CUCUCAGUUCGCUGUUCCUCGUUGCCUGACUGCCACGUGCCUCAGUUGUAAUCCAGAGUAUUCUAUUGAAUAUGUGAUGAUACCUCGUAACUCGAAUCAACUUUUUUAAACAAAAAGUUACCCCAUGUUCAAUGCAAAAGCUCAUUGUCCAAGUUUCAAUAAUGGCCGAACUCGCCUCAUGUCAACGAACCCAUCGAAUAACAAAAAACACACGUUGAACGUGCCGAAAAAUAGGAGGUGCUUCACUAGUUCGCCCUGCGGGACGUCGUCUUUUCUUUUUUCGUAAAUAUAUAUAUAUUUUUUCGUUUCCAUCGUUUGGUGCGUGUGUGUGUGUGUACAAUCGGAGGGAAAGUUCUUCUUUCCCAUGCGCCAACAGUUCAGUUUGUUUUGCGACGGCGUGGCAUGUGGUUGCGUCGAGCAACGUCGUCGUGUGGUGCCCCAUGCUUUUCUUCUUCCCCCCUCACUGCCAUUAAAGUCCUUUCAUUAGAAUUUGUUUUUUUCUUCUUCGUUUCGUGGUGAAUCACGCACGUUGCUGACGAACUUUGUCGAGUGCCAACGAAACAAUCGCUCGUGUGUGUCGACUUGAUUACACCGGAAGUUCGGGUGUGUAUGGCCGUUCCCUCCAUUUUCGUUUCUUUUUACUUCAGUCGUACCAGUGAAUUCCUUUCCGCCAGCGUACACACACAAAACAAGAGGAAGUGGGGGAAGGAAAAGCCAUGCGUCUGUCGUGGCCGAUACGGCCCAACAAUCGAAGGAUCUUGACGGAUGGUGAAGAAGAUGCGGAAGGCAGAAUGGUGGUGGUUGAAACGCCCGUCUCGUACGAUAUGCCAUCGUCUCCUGGCUCCGUGUCGACUACCAAUGAUGCGGCCACUCUGAUCGCUUCACCGGAGCACCGUUCAUCAUUACCGAUCACCAAUAACCGAAGGAUCAGCCGUUAUGGAGCCCAACAGCUUGAAGCUAUUUCGAUGGUAGCAUCAGACGAUGACGAAGAGGACGAUGAUUACGAACAGAAAAGGCAACUAUUAACUGACAAAUGGCGCCAGCUGUUCGACCAGUUCGAUCCGGAAGGUUUCGGAGAGAUUCCGUGGGAGGAUUUCGGCCGGGCAUUGCGGUCGCCUGAAUUUCGUCAACAUAUUGAGCCGCACAAGAUCCAGCAGCUGGAGGAGAAAUUUCACCUGCAACAACAACUGGACAACGACCAGGAAGAGGACAACAAGAGCGGCUGCAGUGGUCACCACGGCGACCGACCCAGUCGCACAUCAGAAUAUCGAACAUCGGCCAUCACCUUCCAGGACUUUGUCAAUGUGAUGAGCGGGAAGCGUAGCCGGAGUUUCAAGUGCGCCGUGCAUCACCGCGACCGUCAAGUGUGCAGCGAAAACGAUUUUCACCUGCUCCUACAGCCACCCACUCUCUUUCAAAGAAUGGUGAAGGUGAUUGCCGACGAGUUCCUGACGGACGAUCGGGAGCGCAAAUAUUACGCCGACCGUUAUUCGUGCUGUCCACCGCCCCUCUUCAUCAUCUUCAUCACGCUCGUUGAGUUGGGCUUCUUCACUUAUUAUACGGUGGUAAUGGGAGAGAUCAACCCGUCCGGUCCCGUGCCCAUCAAUUCCGUUUUCAUCUACCGGCCAGACAAACGGGGCGAAAUCUGGAGGUUUCUUCUCUACAUGGUCCUACACGCUGGGUGGUUACAUUUACUGUUCAACUUGUUGGUUCAAGUCCUGGUCGGCCUACCGCUCGAAAUGGUCCACGGAUCUAUGAGAAUAGGAGCCGUUUACAUGGCUGGUGUCUUGGCCGGUUCGUUGGGGACAUCUGUGUUCGACACGGACGUUUACCUGGUCGGUGCUUCUGGUGGUGUCUACGCUUUACUGGCCGCCCAUUUGGCCAAUGUUUUGCUGAACUAUAACAAUAUGGAAUUCGGAAUCGUUCGAUUGAUCGGAAUUUUCAUAGUCGCAAGCGCUGACGUUGGAUUCGCCAUCUAUGACCGCUACGCUGCCGAGCAAAUAGGCCCGCCCGUCUCUUACGUGGCUCAUUUAACGGGUGCUUUGGCCGGCCUGACGAUCGGUCUUCUUGUUUUGAAGAAUUUUGAACAAAAACUGCACGAACAGCUCAUUUGGUGGGUGGCUCUGGGCGUCUACGCUGCGUGCACGCUCUUCGGCAUCCUGUUCAACGUUUUCAAUCCCGAUCCUUUUUAUCCGGCAAACUGACUCCCGUUCUAAUUGUUGUGGAAACUGGCCGCUAGAUGUCUACAAGUGCGAAAGGAUUCCAAUCACAAUCGCCAGAUGGCAUUGUAGUGAGCUUAAAAAAAACAACACAACAAACAAUGGUCCUUGGUGGUUUUGUUCUAUUUUGGACGCAAAAAGAAUAACCAAAGUGGAAAAAAGUGCUUGUUGAAGAAAAAGCCACCAUCUGAGAAACACAAACAUUAAAUUUAUAUAUGCAUCGAAGAGAUUUGCUUCUCCCAAUGAAAAAAAAACAAACAAAAAACGUCGGCGAAUUAUCAUCGAAGAGUACCAGCUAGUCGAACGGAAAACGCACGAUGAUUGGAUACGGUUUGACAGACACUAUUAUCUUUGACCUUCUUCUUUCCUGUUUUGUUGGUUGUCCGUCUCUCUCCCCUGUUGGCUCACUCGCGACUCGUUCAAAAAUGGUUUACCUUUUCCCUCAACUCUUUGUCCUCCUUUUUUUUUCCAGAAUGAUAUUUACAAAUUGAGGAGGAUGUUAUAGAUAUAUAACGUGAUCCAAAGUUAUGAUUGUUGAUCUUUCUGUUGUCACACUUUUAAACAAAAUUAGUUUCUCGUGUAGAUUUUGCCUUUGCAUGCAUGUUGAGUCUGAAUGCCGUCACCCUUUCAUUCAAGUCAAAGUCCCUUCCUCAUCAAGUCUGCAAAAAACUUGUCACGCAAGUCAAUCAGACCUUGUUUUCUUUCCAUUUUUAAAACAAAAUAUUAUCCCGUCAUUCUCUCUCCCAAUCUAUAACCCCUCCAAAUUAUUUGUCCACCCAUCCCCAACGUACUUGCAAGUUGUUACUCUGUUUUCUUUCACUUUUUACCUUCCUUCUGGCCUUGAAGGUCUGCCUGGCCAUAUAGUCAUUGUUCUCUUGUCACAGAGAGAGAAUGGGAGGCAAGAACGUUUGAUUACUUUGACCAUUGGAGGUCAGAGUAUCUCGCAAGUCUCCACAAAACAAAAACAAAAAUAUCUAAAAAAAAACGCCACUCCUGUCACUUCUUGCUCCACAUCCCAAUUGUGUCUCCCUUUGUUUCUCUGUCUCUCGAGUUGUCAUAAUUUCCAAUCUCUUAAAACUCCAACACAUUUCGUCAAGUUGGAACUACGCCGUUCAUCAUCAAAACAUCGCCUUGUCGGGAUUAGAUCACUUUAUGUAAUCUCAGGGAUGUGAGGCAAUUCAACCGGGAAACAAACGCGACUUUUCUCUUCCUCUCUCUCUCUCUCUCUCUACACAGAAACCGUUGCAAAACUUAAAUUCACCAGUCUAAUCCCUCCGUUUCUUAUUUUUCCCUCGUUCUUUACUGCUACUGCAUCUACAAAAUUAUAUCAAAUCGAUUUGUCUCUUAUUUUUCCAUCGCCCGUAUGCACAGUAGGAUAAAGCAUUGAACAAUUUUUCCGUGGCCCUGAAUUAUAAAACAAACAAAAAAAAAAAAAAAAAAAAGUUUAAUUGCAAAUGAUUAAAUGAAAAAUUGCUUGAAAAAGAAAAGAAAAGCAUAUUAUUCUACUACAUAUAUUAUAUAUAUUUGUACAAACAAUUUGUGUAUAUUUCUCCUGUUGUUGUAUAACCAAGUGGAAAACAAAUAAUUGCAUCAAACAAA